UUACAGUCUAGGCUAGCGAAACAGUAGAGAUCCCGCUUUCCCUCUUUUUCCUCUUUAGCUGCCACUGCUACAAAACUCUCCUCUUCUUGCUCUCGGCGUCCAUGGCUCCACCCAGAAUCCUUCUAUGCGGUGACGUUUUAGGCCGUCUCAAUCAGCUCUACAAGCGUGUGCAUUCGGUGAACAAGUCGGCGGGACCAUUCGAUGCGCUGUUCUGCGUGGGUCAGUUCUUCCCGGACUCGCCUGAGCUGCUGGAGGAGUUCAUGGACUACGUGGAAGGCCGCACUCAAAUUCCCCUCCCUACAUACUUCAUCGGCGACUAUGGUGUUGGUGCUCCUAAAGUCCUAUCGGUUGCAUCCAAAAACUCCGCCAACUUGGGGUUCAAAAUGGACGGUUUGAAAAUUUGCGAGAAUCUCUUUUGGCUCAGAAGCAGCGGCAAAUUCACUCUCUUUGGUCUAUCUGUUGCAUACUUAUCGGGUAGACAGUCAUCGGAAACUCAACAAUUUGGAACAUACAGUCAAGAUGAUGUUGAUGCGCUGCGAGCAUUGGCUGAUGAACCUGGAAUAGUUGACUUGUUUCUAACUAAUGAGUGGCCAAGUGGGGUCACAAAUAGAACUACAUCUGAUGUUCCUGCAGGAAUAUCAGAUUCAGCAGGUAGGGAUUCUACUGUGGCUGAGUUAGUAGCAGAGAUCAAACCACGGUAUCAUAUUGCUGGUACUAAGGGUAUAUUUUAUGCCCGUGAACCUUACUCUAACAUUGAUGCUGUGCAUGUUACCCGCUUCUUUGGUCUUGCAUCUGUUGGAAAUAAGGAUAAACAGAAAUUUAUCCAUGCAAUAUGUCCUACUCCAGGAUCUACAAUGACUGCUGCAGAGAUUAGCAUGAAGCCCCCUAACACUACCUUAUCCCCAUACACCUUUUUAGAACAAAAGGAUCAACCUAAAGAUCCCAACAAGAGGCCUAGUGAGAGUGCAUCUGAUUCUCAAUAUUGGAGAUAUGAUGUCUCCCAAAAACGUCAGAGAACUGGAACCGGGGAUGGUGAUAAACUGUGUUUUAAAUUUAUAUAUUCUGAUUCUUGUCCACGAGGGGAAAAAUGCCACUUUCGGCAUGACAUGGAUGCAAGGGAACAAUAUUUAAGAGGUGUUUGUAUUGAUUUUCUUAUCAAAGGAAAAUGUGAAAGAGGUCCAGACUGCAAAUUUAAGCACGAUUUGCAGAGUGAAGUUGAGAGCUAUUCUCACAAGAGACAUGGCUCUCAAAAUUCUAACAGGUCAAAAGAGUGCUGGUUUUGUUUGUCAAGCCCCAGCGUGGAGUCACAUCUGAUCAUUAGCAUAGGAGAAAAUUACUACUGUGCCCUGGCCAAAGGCCCCCUUGUUCAAGACCAUGUCCUAUUAAUGCCCAUUGAGCAUUCUCCUAGUACCCUUUCUUUACCUCAAGAAUGUGAAUCUGAACUUGUUAGAUUCAGGAAUAGUCUCAAAUUAUACUUUAAGAACCGGGGUAAGGAAUUUAUCGCAUUUGAGUGGGUUUCCAAGCGAGUUACUCAUGCUAAUCUUCAGGCUGUUCCUGUUCCAUCAUCUAAAGCAGCUGCAGUUCAGGAUAUAUUUAAUAUGGCUGCUGAUAAACUGGGUUUUAAAUUUGUGGCCAAGAAAUUUGAUGAUAAUUCUGAUGGCAGAAAAUGGUUGAGGACACAGUUUGAUAGGAACUAUAGUUUCUUCUAUGUGGAACUCCCUGAUGGUACCAUACUGUCACACUUGGUUGAGGAGAAUGAGAGAUUUCCUAUGCAAUUUGGACGUGAAGUUCUAGCAGGGUUGCUGAACACACCUGAGAGAGCUGAUUGGAGGACUUGUACGCUUAACAAAGAAGAGGAAACAAAUAUGGUGGAAGAAUUCAAGAAGAAGUUUGAGGAGUUGGAUCCAACUCGUUGAUAUAUGCGUUGCAGUACCAUCGGUCUUGUGUUUGAUACCUCAUAGCUACCACGCUAAUUUCAUCAGUGAAUGCUACUGAGCUACUCCCUUAAGAUCAAGCUAGAGAUGAGACCCUGACCCAUCCAGCCGUAAGGAAAGCCGGGUCUUUCCGUUUAGCAGUUUUGCCCAAUCUAGAAAUGAAAACUGACCAAGUUCCAACUUCAUACAGAAAAGAUCGAAAUAUUUGAGGCUAUGAUUAGUAUAUUCAAGAUAUAAUGAAAUUGUGAGUGCAUAUUUUAUUAUUUUUAUUUGGUUGCAUAAAAUUUUGACAUAUGUAGUAUAACAGUAACAAUCAGUUGUAAUUUAAUCAAUUUAAGUUUAUAUGAUUAGUCUUUUGCUAUUAGUA